AUGAAUCGGGCAUCCCAAAUCGGGACAGGCACGCCUGGCCUGAUAUGUGCAAUUGGGACCACGCCUGCAGCGGCAAUACGACCUAUAUAUGCCACGAGUCUCAACACAACUGCCCCCGGCUCCUACCUGCCUCCAAGUCUCCCAUCGAUGGCACCGAACAACGAACCAAGUAGCCACGAACUCAGGCAACGCCGUCUCGAUGACCACGAACUCAGGCAACGCCGUCUCGAUGAUUUAAAUCGCAUACCACGAGCCACGCUCAACGAGCGUUUCAUCGAGACGGAGGACCGCCUUUCUCAAAAGGAGACAGAUGUCAUUGAGGUGAAGAACCACCUUCGGGCGAAGGAGGUGGAGUGCCUACACCUAUUCCAUAUUGUAGUCCAGUUAAGCCAGCAAAGCCGCAAGCUCGGCCUUACUGGGGCGCUGAGUGCGUCGGAGUAG